AUGUUUUUUGCAGCACAUUGGACGAAGGCGUAUUUGGAAGGAGAACUGCUGGGUGCAGGAGGAUUUGGUUGUGUGUUUGCUGGGAUACGGAAAGAAGACGGAUUGCCAGUUGCAAUCAAGUUUGUCUCCAAGACAAUGCCCUAUGAAAAACUGCAGCUUACAGGAUAUGGAUGGCUCCCCACUGAGAUAGCGCUGAUGGUCCUUGCAAACUUCAAACCUUGCUCAAGAAUCCUCAAGAUUCUGGACUGGUUCGAAGAGCCAAAACACUAUGUUGUCAUUCUGGAACGGCCUGAACCAUGUCUGGACCUCCAUGAAUUCUCCAGCAAGCAAGGUGGAUGUUUGACUGAGGUCGUGGCUCGCCAUGUGAUGUUUCAGCUGAUGGAGGCGCUGACACAUUGUAAGAGCCAGGGGAUACUGCACCGUGAUGUCAAGCCAGAAAACAUCCUUAUUCAGACAGGCACAUGGCAGGUCAAGCUGUUUGACUUCGGUUGCGGAGACCUCGUCAAAGACUAUUACAAUGACUUCGCAGGUGUCUGAUUUGAGACCAUGAGUUCUUGGUGGCAGCAAGUACUGUGACUCUUUUUCUAAAUCUAAAGUAUCUUUGUUAACAGGCACAUCUGAAUAUGCCCCUCCUGAGUGGUUCAUCCAGGGGCAGUAUCGGGCAGACCCAGCUACCGUCUGGUCUGUGGGAGUGACACUGUACAGGCUGGUGUGUGGCUGUCUGCCUUUCAGGACCACUGAGGAAACAAAAAUUGGCUAUUUGUUCUUCCCUGAAAGUCUGUCUCAAGGCAAGAAAGUAGAAAGACUGAUAAGCUAUGGACUAAUUAAUAGCAGACUGAACUAUACCUUAUACACAGACUUGAGCAGAGAAAGAAGUGUUCAUUUAUUUUAAUGUAUUAUAUUUUAUGACUAUGUAUUAAUUAGUCAAUAUGAUAAAAUUGACAGGAAAUGUGUAGAGUUACAAGUGUGAGGAAUUUCUAAUGUACUCUACAGCAUUUUCGUUAAAGGAUUAUUUAUAAUAAAGCAGGUUCUUUACGGGGUUAAGUAUUAGAUUCUUCUUUCUAUGUCUUAUUGAUUCAUGUACCUGGGUAUUGUGUAACAGAGUGCAGCGAUCUGAUCCGUUGGUGUCUGAGACCCAAUGAAGAAGACAGACCCAGCCUGGAGGAAAUAGAGUUUCACCAAUGGUUUUACUAACCAGAUUUCUGAAGGGCCAGUGUACAGGAGACAGGGACCACUGCACUAACCUCCUCUUAAAAAAUUGUAAUAUAUCUGAACUUUUGUUAAGAAUUGUACAGAACUUUUGUACAGAAUUUCUAAUUAAUUAUAUAACUGUAAAUACAUCUGUAUAUAAUUAGUUUUUUAAUUUUUCAUUAUCUCAUUAUUUUUGUGCUUUUUUUAAUAAAAGAAUAUUUUUUGUUAUCAUGGAUAAGUGUGUAGGAAGGUCAGGGCAAAAUGAGAGCAUUACUAUUGCUUCCGUAAGAAAUGACUUGAUAUGUCACUCCCAAAUAUUUGUUAGAAACAGCAAAAAUGAAAAAUAAAAACAAACAUGACAUGAUUGCUGGUGGUGCACAGUAUAUAAUUAGCUUGUUUCUUUUCCUGUUACUUUAGCUUUCUUUGCAGAGCAGACAAUCCUGCACACUAACAAAGAUUUCCCAACCAAUCCUUCC